CAUGGCGUCGGAAGCAGAGGCGGGUAGCAGUGCUGCUACAACAGAACCGGACACCGGAGACGGCGAUGCUCCAUUCAGGGAACUACCCACCAGCAUGGACACUGAGUCAUCCAACGGCAAAGAGGGAAUGGAAACGGCCGGCGACGGCUCCGAGGCGGCCGACGCUCUGACUGGAUCCGGAGACGAGGAGAGUGGGAGGCAGCUGGGAGAGGUGGAGCUGCAGUGUGCGCUGUGCAUGAAGUGGUUCACUGCUGACACAUUCGCCAUCGACACUGCGACCUGCCUUCCUUUCAUGACUAACUAUGUGUUUCACUGCAACGUGUGCCAUCACAGCGGCAACACUUACUUCCUCAGAAAACAAGCGAACCUGAAGGAGAUGUGCCUCACAGCGCUGGCUAACCUGACGUGGAGAUCCAGAACACAAGACGAGCACCCGAAGACGAUGUUCUCCAAAGACAAGGUGAGCAUCACACGUUGGUUUGGACCUCUACAGCGCUUUAAACUCAAGUCUAUGUGA